GAGCACGGACCAAUCGCAAGGUCUGCGACCGAGAUAGGAAAGACUAUAUGGGCGGAGUUGGAAUACGGUCUUAUAAGGACACGGUAUCACGUUUUUUGACUUCCUCUCCUUCUUUCUGCCCUCCAGUACCGGUCGGUCUCGGUUUCGUUCUGUUCCCUACAGUCUCGUUUUUCAGUGUCCGGAUACGUCUAUUGUAUUAAAGGACAAUCAUGUCUACAAAAGUAUAUGUUGGCAAUUUGAGUUGGAACACGACAGAUGAUUCCCUUCGCCAAGCCUUUUCUCAAUUUGGUCAGAUCCUUGAUUCGAUCGUCAUGCGCGACCGCGAGAGCGGUCGUUCUCGAGGAUUUGGGUUUGUGACCUAUGGGGAUGCUCAGGAAGCUCAGAGUGCGAUUGAAGGCCUCCAUGAGCAAGAACUUGACGGCAGGCGCAUCAAAGUUAAUCUUGCUAAUGCCCGAGGCGGCGGAGGUGGUGGAGGAUAUGGAAGUGGAGGCUACCAAGGUGGUGGAGGCUACGGCAGUGGCUACUGAAUGAUACAACCACCUGAAGCCGAUGAUAUAAUUUUCAAAUUUUUUAUUUCAUAUUCUUGUCCACCAC